AUGCCGGCACCAAAGAACAGGAAGGUGGCCAUUGUUGGCAGUCGGUCCGUCGGACGAUGGUUGGCUAAGCUAGGCUCGGAGUCAAUGACGUACAUCCUGCUAAUCUCUCCUCUGCACACAGGCAAAUCAUCCCUCGCAGUCCAAUUUGUAGAUGGCCAUUUUGUCGACAGCUACUAUCCCACCAUUGAGAAUACUUUCAGCAAGACCAUCCGGUAUAAGGGCCAGGAGUUUGCCACCGAGAUUGUCGACACGGCCGGCCAAGAUGAAUACAGUAUUCUGAACUCGAAGCACUUCAUCGGCAUCCAUGGCUAUAUGCUGGUCUACUCGGUGUCAUCCUUACCUUCUUUUGAGAUGGUCCAAGUCAUUCGAGAGAAAAUUCUGAACCACCUAGUAAGGCGAUUCUCCGCAGCAACCUACCAACUGGCUAACCGCGUCUCGCAGGGCACCGAGUCAGUCCCCAUCGUCAUCGUCGGAAACAAGAGCGACCUUCGUCCCGAACAGCGACAGGUCAGCGCUGAAGAGGGCAAGAGGGUGGCGGAAAAGAUCCAGUGCGGCUGGACGGAGGCGAGCGCGCGGUACAAUGAGAACGUUGGAAAGGCCUUUGAAUUGUUGAUCGCCGAGAUCGAGAAGGCCCAAAAUCCGGGCGAGGCAGCAGAGGGCGGCAAAUGCAUUCUUAUGUAG